AUGGCUUGGGUUCAGCUGCCGGAGCUUCCGGUACAAUUCUAUCACAGAGAAGUUUUGUUUGCGCUGGGGAAUCUCAUUGGAAGAACAAUCAGGCUAGAUUAUCAUACAGAGCAGCUGGAAAGGGGGAAAUUUGCUAGAUUAGCAGUGGAACUAGACCUCUCAAAGUCCCUACCUACAAGAAUAUUUCUCGACAACUUCUGGCAGGGAAUUCUAUACGAAAUCUUCAAACAAUUUGUUAUAGUUGUGGGCGGACUGGUCACGACGAGGAUGCUUGUUCGCUCAAGAAAUAAGAAACCUCUUUGGCUUUGA